AUGUGGAACCUUCUGCCGUGGACCGGCAGGGGUGCAUCCGGCUACCCGCGGCGAGAAUGCUUCUUCUGCUGCACAACCAGCAUCAUUCUGCCCCCGUAUAAGCCUCAAAGCGUAUCUGAACUUGACACAGACUCGAUCGAAGUUGUGCAAGCUCCAUCGCAUGACAUCGCUACAUCCUCGACCACUUCAACCAUCUCCACUGGCACUCCCACAAAUUGGUUCUGCUCCAGCUGUCAUUGCCAAAAUGUCGCUAAGCUGGAUGGAACGCCUGUCGAGCAGUAUACUCGUCCAAUGUGGGAUGAAGCGUGGAACCGCGACCGAAGCCGCUUGAUGCGACAUAUGCGUCCUCGAGCAUCGACGUCGGUGCAGUCCUCUUCCGACCGUUUCCGAGAAACCGGAGGUCUUGGGCCGCACAGCAAGAACUCCUUCACGUUCUGUCACACAUGCCAGACCAACCAGGUGCUUACGCUCAACAUGCUCGCAGACUAUUUGCCGAGCGAGGACGACCCAGGAUACGAGAAAAAGCUCCGAAAUCUUCCCGAAUACGAAGCCUCGCUAGCUUCAAGAUACCCUCCGGUCUGCUCGGACUGUGCACCUCGAGUGCAGGAGAGGAUCACCGAGCGAGAUCAAUUCGCCCGCAGCUGGAGUCUGGGCAGGUGGCUCGACCUCAAAAAGGAAGCAUCGAAUGCGGAUCUCGCUGAUAGCAUCGCGGGGCCGUUGUCAGCUUCAGAUGACAAGCAAGCUACGAGGCGCUAUGCUCCAAUGACGAGCGACUUGGCUCAGCCUAGUUCUCGUUUCAGCUUCCGGGGCAUUGUUGGUAACCUGGACAACGGAUCACCUCUCACGAUGGCCGUUGCCGCCUUCGCCACUGUAGGCCUUUGGUCCGUGUACCUGUGGACAGCUUUGUGGCCACACAACACAGCCGCUUUGGUACAUCAGGUAAUGGAGCAAACCAAGCGAGCACCUUUUUCGCUUUGCACUGCGACGACAGGCCUUACGUGCUUGGUUAUCGUACCCUGGCUUCUCACGAUAGCCUCCAAAGUGGACCCAAUCAAGCAUCGAAUCGAGCGCGCCAGAAUUCGUCAGUUGCGUGUCGAGGCCAAAGGUCUGACCCUCUGGCAUACGAUACAGAGCAUGCUCCUGUGCCUUCGACUCAGCCUGCUUCUUGUCGCGACCUCAGGUUUGCUCUCGCCCAGAAGCUUUACGGCGGCAUCAGAGUGGACCGAGCUUAGCACAGGAAGGACACGUAUAGAGCUUCUAGGACUGGCAGCUGCAGCAUUGUUGCUGGGCGAAGUCGGGCUGACGGUAAUGGCUGCAUCUCAGCUUGGGAUUCGAGUACCAGCUGCUUUGCAACUCGUCUCACGACCUAUUGUGGCAAAUGCAAGAUCAUCAAAGCCGUCAAAUCAGCACAGCGACGCGUUGCUCACGAGCCUCAGCUUGGACGAUCGAGCUGCCCUUCUAUCUGCAGCAUCAGAUAUGGACCCGGAGAAUGACGACGAUCUCGUGGCUGAGCCAGGCAUGCGAGUGCCCCGCAUGGAUCGUGACGCAGACGGCGAUGCCGUCAUGGAGGAUGCUGCGACGUAUGCAGCCCGGCGGAGCUCUUGGGGUGACGAGUCGGAUCAAGAUGAUGCUCGCCUUUCCACACAAACCUCAGCAUGGGCAGGUCAGUGGUCGAAGACUGCAGCAUCGCAGCAGGCUAGCUUUGCGGCGAGUUUCAAACAAGAUGCAACGCGCACCGGCUCGUCCAGAUACACCGACUUUCAGCUAGGACCACAGCGAUUCUGGGAGCCACAAAUCCCCACCGGUCUCGAAGACGUGUUUGGACGAGCAGUGUCGCUCGACGACCGCGCCGAGCAGCAGGCAGAUGGGAAUCGCACCGCCGGUAGCUCGGGCAAAUGGAGUCAGUGGUUCGGCUUCUCCUGA